AUGGAGGCACGGGUCCCCGACGAUGAUCUGCUCUUCAUGAGUGAAGAAGACUUCGUCGUAGACUUUGCAAGCCAUGACCUGGAUAACUUGCCAUGGAAUGCUCCAUAUGAUACGAAUGACGCAGCGUUUGCCGACGUACACCAGGAAACAACCUUUGCAGAUGCAAUCGAUUCAGUCAAUGCGAACUCAUUUGACAUUUACUCCAAUCAUAUCAACCCAAUUUUAUAUAACACUCAAGAGCUACCAGCUCUAGAUAAUACUUAUCUUGAUAUCUUACCUACGAACUGGGACUUCAUGACGAUGCCCACUGAUCCCAUCACUACUACCAUUGCUGGUUCUAUAACAACCACAGAGCAAUCCGAUUAUUCCACUACUUACACAAAUUCUUCCUCCCCGACGACUCAAAGCAGUCCAACAGGACUGUCGCAAUCACAAAUAUCCGACCCCUUAUCGGCAAAAAAUGCCGAAAACGCAUCAAGCACACCAACCAGGAGACGAAGAACGAAGAUGAAACCAGGCACUAGACCCUGUGACUUGAAAAGACAGAAGCGAAAAGAAGAUAAGCCUGAGAAGUGUCACAUCUGCGGAAAGGGGCAUCAGUGGAGGCGCGAUCUGGAGAGGCACUAUUGGAGUAACCACCCAGACGAGGCAGUCAAGAUGGGCCUUAGUCGGAGCGAGCCCAAAUGUAGGCACUGUGGAAAGUAUUUUGCGAGACGAGAUCAUCUGAAAAGGCAUUUAAAGAGGAAGCAUGGGGGUAGUUGA